AUGCAUGCCAUCGUCCACAGGAAUGAGCCGAGCCGAGCCAUCUGGGGCAGCGAGCUGCUAGAUUUUGACCACAUCAUUGCCGAUUUCCUUGCUAACCACGCGUUCGUCGACAAUCUGCUCUCCACUAGCCGCAAGAACCUGGCCGAGAAUUACGCACUGACUACAGAGUUCUUUGAUAAGCACAGUGUGGAGUAUGUGCCAUGCUCGGCAGGUCACUAUAUCUGGUUCAAGCUGCCUAUUGCUGCCAGCACAAAGGCACAUCGUGCACUUGGCGCUCUGCAGGCCACUGAAGUGGCCAAGCUGUGGACAAAGGAGACCGAUCUCACGGCAUGGGAACACAUCGUCCUAAACGAGCGCGUGUACUUCCCUACCGGCCAAUCAUUCUGCUCGACUGAGCCUGGAUGGUUCCGAUUCACGUUCGCCAUUACCAAAGAGCAACUUGUUCUUGCUCUUGAUCGCAUUGGCAACUCGUUCAAGCUGGACUAG